CAGUAGUUGAAAAUUGUCCAAUAAUUUAACCUAUCUAACUAAAUUACUCAGCAACAUUUUAAUGGCCUCUGAAUGAAUUAUGAAUAAUCCAUAAUAUAAAUGUAAUUAGAGGAAAAUUUAAAUAGAUAAUGGAUGGUAAUAAAUAUAUGAUGGUAAUGAAUCAUUGCAAGUGAUGGUAAAUGGCCAUGGAGAACGUUGAGGGAGGAUCUCCUUGUACAGGGACGGGGUUUCAGUCUGGACAGUGCCGCCAUUUCUAUCUUGCGGUUGACAGGCUUCAGUUCAAGAUGCAAACGGUGGUGGAUCUGCUGGGCCUUGUGGGGCGACGACCCUCCCUUCCGAUGGUUGUGUGCUGCAGCACCCGCGACGACCUUGACUGUCUCUGCUCCGCCGUGUCCGGCCUCCCCUUCAUCUCCUCUUCCCCCCUCUACAGCGACCUUUCUGAACACCAACGCGCUUCUACUCUCGACAAGUUUCGCCACUUGAACCACCCCACUGACCAUGACGACGACAAGGAGCGCACCUCCCAUAUGAUCAUCGUCACCGACGCCUGCCUUCCUCUGCUUUCUUCCGGGGAGUGUCCCCUGAACGCUCAUCUUCUCAUCAACUACGACCUACCCCCGAAGAAGGAAACUUAUGGCAGGCGUUUAGCCACUUGUUUAUCACCUGAUGGUGUUGUGAUCAAUAUGGUUGUUGGUGGGGAAGUGGUUACUCUCAAAGCUAUUGAAGAGAGCAGCAAUAUUAUCAUGCAAGAGAUGCCAAUGCAGAUUCUUGACAUCUUAUGAAGAGUGAAACCAGAUAAUUGGAUCGUCUGUGUGAAUUCUAAUUGUUCUCAGUGUUCUGUGUCCCAUCACAGCUAUAGACAUUCUUUUUUUUCCCUUAUUCCUUCAAACUAUUUUGCAUGUGUACUUUUGUUCUAGGUUCAGAUUCAGAUUACAUUACCUGUUUGUUGCAAAAUGUUCUGUCCUUAGAUAUAUCUUGUUAUAUAUUGUUGAAAUUUGUAAAGAUUAAAUGGGAAGGAAACUUUUUAACAGGCUGAUAGGUAAAGACUAGUUACCAAGCUGCUGAUAGUGUGGCUACCAAUGGUACCCUUCCUUCCAGAGCAAAAUUCAUCAUAGUAGUGAGUUGAUUCAUGGUGAUAAAUUCAGAACAGAAAAAAGCUUCAUGUAAUUUUAAAAUAGUUGAACCAAGUACCAAAUAAAAAAGGUAGUUUAUUUUAGACAAAUUAGCAUAAUUUAUUGAAGCAGCUUGUUUUCAUAGCAUUCAGCCUCUAAAUCUAUGGCAAGAUGGUCAUUGGUCAUAUCAUUGUGUAUGUAUGCUGGGAAAACUGAUUGGGAGGCGCAAGUGUUAAGGUCUGAAGAGUUGAUUGGCAAAGGCGAAGAGAAUGAUAGUAAAUGAGGGCAUGAAGGGACUGAUAUCUGCUUAAUAAAUUAGCAGCUAAUCUAGUCCUUACUAAAUGUCGUUUUUAAUGACGAAUGACCUCUUUAGUAGCUCUUCUAUUUUCUCGAGUCUAUAACUAUAUAUAAUAAUUUGUUAAAAUAUAUAUUAAAAAGGUGAAAGUCUAGCUAUGUUGGUGGCUCAAAGGUGAACAUUUAGUGUGUUUUUGUAAUCAUCUAGACCUUGCUUUGUUGUUGUUGCA